AUGUUGGCGAAAGUAUUCCUUCUGGUGCUAGCUGUCCAGCAACAGCAGCUUUCACAUGCACUGGAGGAUACGAUUCAGGUUGCAAGGAUUGCUUCACGCAAACGCAAUGUAUGGGCAGCGCAGCAAAAAUUGACUCAGCGUGUCCGGCAUCUGCACCAAACUGUUAUAGCGGAUCGUGUUCUACAACGAUUGAUACUGCAUCAGGCUGCAAAGUUGCAAAAAUCAAAUGCACUGGAGAAGGAGAAUACCCAGAAUUGGAUAUCGCAGAGCAUUAUCAUGUUGGCGAAAGUAUUCCUUCUGGUGCUAGCUGUCCAGGUUUGCCGUGCACAGCCCGCCGAGGUACCCGGAACACUUCAGACCUCUUCAUCACUGUUUCUACCGGUAGCAACAGCAGCUUUCACAUGCACUGGAGGAUACGAUUCAGGUUGCAAGGAUUGCUUCACGCAAACGCAAUGUAUGGGCAGCGCAGCAAAAAUUGACUCAGCGUGUCCGGCAUCUGCACCAAACUGUUAUAGCGGAUCGUGUUCUACAACGAUUGAUACUGCAUCAAGCUGCAAAGUUGCAAAAAUCAAAUGCACCGGAGAAGGAGAAUACCCAGAUCCAAAUACAUGUCAAGCUUACCAUUAUUCCACCUUACUGUGUAGAAAAUCGUCCAACUCGGCGGAUUGCGUGUCCAUCAAGUGUCCCGCCGCGACUGGCUUAGUAGCAUUCGGUACGAGUAAAACAUAUUAUGCUCUUUGCCUCUACACAAAUAAUGCUCUUUCACAAGUAUUGAUGUUGAAAUGUUCGACCGGGGCCACAUUUGACGGCAAAACCUGUGUAUAUCGGUGCUCAAGGGAGGGAAAUUUCGUUGAUAGUAAUAACUCCGCUAAAUACUAUCAGUGCUAUAUUCUGAAUGGAAAGUGGACAUAUGAUAAUCUUGCCUGUCCAGAUGGUAAAAAGUUUAAUGCCACUCAACAAAUAUGUUUGUAA